AUGGUUGCGACAGACACUGAAGCGACCCGCGUCGGCUUCAUUGGCCUGGGCGCCAUGGGCUCCGGUAUGGCGUGUAAUCUGUCAAAGAAACCGUCAUAUCGAGUUCAGGGGCACGAUGUUUACCCUCCAAGCGUACAGAAAUUCGUUGCGCAGGGCGGUACGUCUGGCGAGUCUCCCAGAGAAGUGGCGAAAACCAGUGAUAUCCUAGUCUGUAUGGCAGUCAACGCACAGCAAAUCGAUGACAUACUUUUUAAUGAUCAGACGGGUGCUCUGCAAACAUUGCCGGCAAACGCUACCAUUCUUCUCUGCUCAACGGUGCCGCCGACGUAUCAUGAGGCACUGGCACCCCGGAUUGCGGCAACGGGCCGGCAAGAUGUUCUCGUCGUAGACAGCCCCGUAUCGGGUGGCACGAAGCGUGCGGCCGACGGCACGCUCAGUAUCUUCGCUUCCGGGGCCCCUGCAGCACUACGACGUGCAGACCGCGUUCUGCGUGACAUGUCGGAGAAGCUGUACAUCAUUCCGGGGGGGCCCGGUGCGGGUAGUAAGAUCAAAAUGGUCAAUCAGCUCCUGGUGGGAACACACAUUGCUGCUGCGUCGGAGGCGAUGGGGUUGGCCGCAAAGGCUGGCCUGAACACCCGUGAAGUGUACAACAUCAUCACAAAUGCCGCAGGUAAUUCUUGGGCGUACGAGAAUCGUGUGCCGCACAUGCUAGACGGCGACUGGACGCCGUUGUCUGCCUUGAACAUCUUUGUUAAGGAUAUGGGCAUCGUCGUCUCAACUGCGAGAGCUCUACAAUUCCCGGUGCCUCUUGCGUCGGUAGCCGAGCAGUUGUACAUUUCAGGAGCUGCACACGGAUACGGUGCAGAUGACGAUUCCGGUCUCGUCAGAGUGUUCCUUCCGGGGACCCCGAAUGCUGUGAAGGAGCAGGCAGGCCAGCUGAACACACAGAAGAAGUUGACUCCAAGCAGUACACCGCUGGAGAUUUCCAAGAUUGGAAUGGUGGGGUUGGGCGCAAUGGGCCAGGGUAUGGCCGGGUCUCUUCUUCGAGCCGGUUUUGCCGUUCACGGCUACGAUGUAUACGGUCCGGCGAUCGACAAGUUCGCGGCCAACGGAGGCAAGGCCUCCAAGGCCAGCAGCCCUGCAGAGGCAGCCAAGGAUGCGGACAUCCUGGUCCUGAUGGUUCAGAACGCGGCUCAAGCUGAUGAUGUUCUCUUUGGCUCUGGAAAGGCAGCGGAGACUCUUCCUGAUGGCGCUAUCGUCAUUCUCAGCUCCACCGUCCCCCCCUCAUUCGUUCGAGAACUCGAGGCCAAGCUCACAAAGACCGGCAAAGGCUUGAGCCUUAUUGACGCCCCUGUCAGCGGAGGCGUGGUCCGCGCCGCGAAUGGUACCCUUACAAUUAUCUCUUCUGGAGACGAGGCUGUUCUCUCCAAGGUCAACAGUCCCCUACUGGCGAUGACGGGAACUUCAAGCAACCUUUGUCACGUACAGGGGGGCGUUGGAGCUGCGUCUUCAGUGAAACUCAUCAACCAGCUACUGGCCGGUGUUCACAUCGCAGCCGCUGCCGAAGCUAUGGCAUUCGCCGCUCGCCUAGGCCUCGACACCAGACGCGCUUUCGAAAUUCUUGGCAGCGCUGCUGCAUGGAGUUGGAUGUUCGAGAACAGGGUGCCACAAAUGCUUGAUGCCGACUGGACACCACAUUCCGCCUUGGCCAUUUUCGUCAAGGAUCUUGGUAUCGUCCUGGAUGAGGCGAAGCGUCUCACUUACUUCGCCCCAAUCUCGUCAGCAGCUCACAAUAUGUAUCUCGCAGGUGCCUCCCACGGCUGGACUAAAGAGUCUGAUGCUGGUGUUGUUAGGCUUUGGGAGUUGACGGGCCUUUCUGUUUCUGAAAAUGCUGGUCCCAAGGCCGAGGAGAGCAGUGGCUCGGUCGCCAAUAUUGCCGGAAAUGAAGCAGGACAGGAAGAAGGCCUGCCCGCACAGAAAACGAUCGAAUCACUACCGGCCGAAUACUCGGGCGAUGUCAUCAGCUCAAUUCGCAAGGUGGUCGACAAUAGCGAAGUCCCGGUUCUUGUAGUCUUGGACGACGACCCAACAGGAACGCAAACUUGCCACAACAUCGAUGUCUUGACCGUGUGGGAUGCUGCUACACUGAAUGACGAGUUCAGCCUCAAACCGACCGGAUUCUUCAUCUUAACAAACUCUCGUGCACUGCCCUCCGCCGAGGCCAAACAGCUCAUUGUGGAGAUUUGCCGGAAUGUCAAGACGGCGGCCGAGAAGGCCGGCAAAGCUUUUGAAAUCGUCCUUCGCGGUGAUUCGACACUACGUGGCCAUCUUCCCCAAGAGCCUGAGGCUGCUGAAGAGGCGCUUGGCAAGUUUGAUGCUUGGGUUGUCACCCCUUUCUUCUACCAAGGCGGAAGAUACACGAUCAACGACGUGCAUUACGUCAAGGAAGGCGACGUGCUGGUUCCUGCAAGUCAAACGCCCUUCGCUCAAGACGCCACAUUUGGAUACAAAAACUCAAAUUUGCGCAAGUAUAUUCUGGAGAAGUGCGGUCAUCGCUUCGAUGAAUCGUCCUUCCUCUCGGUCACACUUGAGGAUAUUCGCGUCCGAGGACCCGCAGGUGUCACCAAGAAGCUCCUUUCAGUAGCACCUUGCUCAAACACAGUUGUCAUCGUCAACGCUGCAGCAGAGUCGGAUAUGCACAUCUUUGUGGCAGGACUACUCGAGGCCGAGAAACAGGGCAGAAGAUAUCUUUACCGCACCGGCGCUGCCUUUGUUUCGUCUCGACUAGGAAUCAAGGGGAUUCCGCCUUUGACCAUGGCAGACCUCGGCGUUUCGAUCCAGGCCGGGACCAGGCAGCCGGGUGGAUUGAUCGUCGCCGGCUCUUACGUUCCCAAGACGACGGCUCAAUUGAAGGUGCUCAGAGAUAGAAGGGGCGACAAGUUGGCAGUGAUCGAACUCGACGUCGCCGGGCUCAUCGAGUCUGCUGAAGCGGCUGGGGAUGUUGUUACUGCAGCUGCGGCCGAGACAGCCAACAAGCUUGCAGCCGGCGAGGACGUCCUGGUCAUGACGUCUCGGGAAUUGAUCAAGGGAGACAAUGCGCUCAGCUCGCUCCAGAUCGGAUCCAAGGUAGCCCGGGCCUUGGUUCAACUCGUGGAGCAGAUUGAUGUACGUCCACGAUACCUCAUCGCGAAAGGCGGCAUCACAUCAUCCGACGCGGCCACGAAGGGUUUGAAGAUGAGACGGGCUCGAAUCAUGGGCCAAGCGGCUCCGGGUGUCCCGCUGUGGAAGUGCGAUGAGGAGACCAGCCGGCAUCGCGGAGUGCCGUACGUCGUUUUCCCUGGAAACGUUGGCUCUGACAGCACGCUCGCCGAGGUUGUCGAGUCGUGGUCGAUUGAAAAUGUUGCAUAG